AUGCUCAAAAACAAAUUAGAACUCUUAACUAAAGAAUUCACCACUCUCAAAGAGAAAAUCACGGCUAAAUUACAGCAAAAAGAUAACACCAUCACCGAAACCAACACUAAACUUACUGAAAGCAACCGAAAACUGGAAGAACUAACUAAAGAAAACACUGCCAAUGAAAAGGAGAAUCUGGUUAAAGAAAGAGAUCGAGCCAGAAAGAAUGAACUCGAAUUAAUGGAAGAUACGACUAAGUUAGAAACCGUCUUAGACCAAGCUUCUUCUUUUACUUCGGAAUACUCUAAUCCUCCUUUUUUAAACCGAAGAUUGAUGGAACAACAAAAAGAACGCUUAACGAAAGACUUAGAAAAGUUAACUCAACAACAAACAGAAGCAAAAAUUGAAAGACAUCGUCAACAACUUGAAAAAGACCAAGCGGAAAUUAAAAAACAAAUCACUAACUUAGCCACCAUCUUAAAUGAUAAUACCGUCAUCAAUAACUUUAACUCACAAAAGGAAAAAAAUGAAAGAAUAGUAAAAGAGUGUAAAGAGUUAUUGAGCGGAGCCCAUAACUUGCAAGAGGAUUGUCAAACACUUGCUAAAUUCUUUACCAAAACUUCUGAACUAAAAAAUACUAAGAGAAAACUAAGCAGUUUUGAAAACAAAGAAGACUUUGAAAAUCUAAAGCAAGACUUGAUUUCACAAUGCAAUACCUCUAUUGCCGGUCUACAAACUCAAACUGGUGCUAAUACUUCUGUUGGUGGCGUUUGUAUUAUUUGGGACGAUUUUGUUGACCACCUGAAAUCAAUAUUGGAUGAUGCUCGUAGCGAGAUAGAAAAACUAAAGAGAGAUAUUGAAAGAACCACUUAUGAUGUAGCAAGGAAGUUAAAGAGACUUAAACUAGAAGAAAAAAGUUUGCAAAAAUCGAUAGAAGAAAACAUGAAAAGAGCCCAAAAUGAAAAAGACCCUGAAAAAAAGAGAAGAUUCUUAAUUCUAGUAGAUGAUGAUAAAAAAAAACUAGCAAACAAUUUAGAAGAACAAAAAAAGAUUAGAAUAGGCGAUAACCUGAAUAUUGAUGACCCAAGUAGAGGUAAACCAGAUCCAGGAAAUAAAAAAGACAACAACGCUUUGUUCUAUGGAACCGAGGGAACUGGCAAAACUUCUAUAGUUAGAAAACUAACUUAUGAAACUGACUGUUAUCCAUUAGUAGAAGUAAAAGGCUCUUCAUUAAGUCCUAAUAAGUUAGAUGCUGACAUUGGAAUUGAUGCCUUGGGUAAAUUCAUCUUCACUCUUUGUGAUAUUGAACAUACUCUUGAAGAUGAUUUUGGCUUGCCAAGAGAAACUAAUGGCGAAGUCCGUUAUAUCCUGUUUGUAGACGAAGCAGACUUAGUAAGCAAAGAUGCUAGAUUAGGAGAAUACACUUAUUUAGUAUUUCUUAAAGAAUGCAUGGAACAAAUUAGCAAAGAAAAACAAGCAGAAAACCUGUGA